AUGGAUCGAUUUCGAGAGCUCGACGAAGCUCACAAAGAACAGGUCAUAACAAUUUCAAUGGAAUCGUUCUACAAGGAACUAAAUGAAGAGGAACGAUUGCAGGCAGAACUCGGAGAAUACGACUUUGAUCAUCCAGUUCCACGUAUCAUUAACCACUAUCUCCUAUGGUUUAUCUCCGUGCAAUAUUCGUGUUGUUUUAGCAAUGGUACCGUCUGUCUUGAACCAGCUGAUGUUAUCAUUGUCGAAGGUAUUUUGACAUUCUACGAUGAACGUAUUCGAGAUAAGUUCACAAUGAAACUAUUCGUCGAUGCAGAUGCGGACGUUCGAUUGGCACGAAGAGUGAGACGUGACACUGUCCAUCGGAAGCGCCCCCUGCCAAUGGUACUAGCUCAGUACACGAAUUUGGUUAAACCAGCAUUCGAAGAAUUUUGUCAGCCAACAAUGAAAUACGCUGACGUUAUUAUUCCACGUGGAGGAGAAAACGAUGUUGCUAUCGAUUUGAUCGUUCAACAUAUUCAGGAUUUUCUUCGAUCUCCUCGCGAAAGAAACGAGCAUCUGAUUAAGCCAAUCACUGAAGCAAAGUUGGAGAUCGUUCAUUGA